AUGUCUGCCCCGCCAGUCCUCGCGGCUGGCGCUCCUCCAUCCAUGCCUGCCGGCAGCCAUGAGAUACGAGACUACUACUCCAACCAAGGCCCACCUCGGACACUACCACACACUGCACCAUCCAUCACACCCUACCUUGGCCUCCGGGCUCGUUUGUCACAGAUAUGGCUUAAUCGAUGGACCAUUCUCCUCCUACUUGUCCUCGCUCGCACCCUUAUCGCAAUCUCCGGAAUCGACGACAAUCUGGGCUCUGCAAGACGUGAGGCACUUUCUGCCUGCUCCGACGUGGAAUCGAUGGGUUCCGUCAUGGCCUCUAUGCCUCAUUAUAUGUCUCAGGGCGUGAAUGAAGUGGCGGCUACUGGUAUCGAGAAGUCGGUCAAUGGCCUGAUUCGGAUGACGACCAUGAGUGUCACGGCAGUGGAAGAGAUUGUGGUCUUCGUGAUCGGCAUGAUGACCAACACCUACCUCUGUCUGAUCACUUUCGCCGUUAGUGGAAGCCUGCAUUCCGUCAUCGGAGCCCUCGACUCGGCACAAGAUGGUCUCAAUAAACUCACUCAGAAUCUCGGAAACGACCUGUCGGGCGCUGUCAAAACUUUUGAGGAUGCCUACAACAGUUUCAUCGGCAAACUCGAGAGCUUUAUUGCUUUCGGCCAAACCGUCGACCAACCAGCGCCUCUUAAUCUUACUUCCGAAAUGAACUCUUUGAAGAAUCUCAAACUACCGGCGAACCUUGACGCCGAUCUUCAGAAACUCAACAACUCGAUCCCCACUUUCACCCAGGUCAAGAAUUUCACUGAGAGCAUCAUCCGCCUUCCGUUCGAAGAAGUCAAACAGCUCAUGAACGAAUAUGUGGGCAAUUAUACCUUCAACCGAUCCUUGUUCCCAGUCCCGCAGAAAGAACAACUUACCUUUUGCAGCGACAAUGAUGGGAUCAAUGACUUCUUUGAUGGGCUGGUCAAUUUGGCUGCUCUGGCCCGCAGAGUCUUCAUUGGCGUGCUGCUUACCCUGGCAAUCCUCGCGAUGAUCCCAAUGGCGUGGCGCGAAAUCAAACGAUGGCCAAAAAUGCAAGAGCGUAGUCAGUUGGUCAAUUCUGACGCUCGUGACCCGUUGGACGUGGUCUACUUGGUCAGCCGACCCUAUACGUCGACCGCUGGAAUCAAGCUUUCCAACACAUUCCAGUCCCAGCGCAAAAAGGACCUCGUUCGCUGGGUCGUUGCGUACGCUACCUCUGAGGCUGCAUUGUUUGUGCUCGCCCUCGCCAUAGCAGGUCUGUUCUCCUGUGCCUGUCAAGCCAUCCUGCUCCGAGCCCUGGAAAAGGAAGUUCCGGUCCUCACGAACCAAGUCGGCACCUUUUCUGACAAGGUGGUUGCGCAACUCAACAAUGCUUCUGAACAGUGGGCCAUCGGCACCAACGCAGCCAUUGCCGCGACGAGCAAGGAUAUCAAUCAAAACAUGCUGGGUUGGGUGAAUACGUCCACAACUGCGAUCAACGACACACUCAACGCAUUUGUGGACGAGACAACAAAAGUCCUCAACACCACAUUCGGCGGCACUGUGUUGUACAGCCCAAUUAUGGAGGUUCUCAACUGUCUUGUCUUGCUCAAGAUCCAGGGCAUUGAGAAAGGCUUAACCUGGGUUCAUGAUAACGCGCACAUCGACUUUCCGUUGCUUCCGAAUGAUACCUUCAGUUUAGGCGCCGUAACCAGUCUGGCGGACUCCAACAAUCCCUCUGACUCUUUUCUCGCGAGUCCAGGGGACACUGCAAGUGACAAGAUUUCGGAGGCCGUAGCACGAUUCAUUGCUGCGCUAAAAAAUACCAUCCGGACGGAAGCGAUCAUUUCAACUGUUAUCCUGCUUGUCUGGGUCUUCGUCGUGCUCAUGGGCAUCAUUCGAGCAUUGAUGCUCUGGCGUAGACGGGACAAGGUCCGUGGCGAAGGCGGUACCCCAGCAUUUCCUUCGAAUAUCGCAACAAGCCGGGAAUUUCGAUUAGACAACCGAGAGCGGUAUACUGGGUUUGCGGAUAUCCCACUGACCAAUUUCAACAAUUCUCGGCCAAUGUCACCUGCACCAAAGUAUACGCCGCCUGAAAAGCCGGAGACGCGUGAAGAGGACUAUCAAGAUUCAAAGCUAGGGUUUUCUGGGCGUCAAUGA